GACUGCACGACCACGGAACAACCUCAACGACACCCAUACUAACAACGAUCAAUUAGCCUCUGCCAUUGAUGGGCGCGACGUCCGAUCCUUAGCUCCCGGUGACGCACUCAGUCAACACCAUUCUCCUCUUACCUCAACCCACGCUUUCGUGCUUUCGACCCACCACUUACACUGAAUAACCAGCGGAUGAUGCACCAAAAGAUGAAACUCGAUGUUGCUAUAGUGACUUAUUUGGCAAUAUUCACCGAUGUUGCGAACGCUUUCUGGCGUCUGCCUUGUCGCGGACGAAGCGGUGUGGCUCGGAUUGAUCCCAUAAUGGCACCAGGGAUCCCAUCGGAUCAUGUACACGCGGUUCAUGGAUCGGGCGGAUUCUCGAUGUCCGCCAACGAGGCAAGUCUGAAGCAGUCGGGCUGUACGUCUUGCGCAGUGACCGAAGACAAGUCAGCGUACUGGACGCCCGCGUUGUAUUUCGUGCAUCAAAAUGGCGAUGCUGAGCUUGUCAACGAAGUCGGCGGAAUGCUUGCCUAUUACCUUCUCAACGGCGAAAAUGUGAUGGCGUUCCCUGAAAACUUCCGCAUGAUGGCAGGAGAUACAUACCUGCGCGACUUCCCCUGGCCGAUACCGGAUCCCCCGCAGUCAGAGUGGUCUGGAAAUGAUCUAAAACAGGAGGCUCUUCGCCAGAAAGCUGUCGGAUUCAACUGUCUGAAUUACCAAAAGGACCCCGAACCCUCUCUGGGUCGUCAUUUCUUGCCAAACAAGACAUAUUUGGAUGAGCACUGCACUGAGGGCGUUCGGUUUGAAUUGAUGUUUCCAUCCUGCUGGAAUGGGAAGGAUAUCGACACACCGGAUCACAAGUCUCACCUGGCCUAUCCGUCUCUGGUGAUGGACGGGGAAUGCCCAAAGGGUUUCGAGCAUCGUCUUGUUUCACUCUUCUAUGAAAGUAUCUGGGAUACAUACGCGUUCAAAAGCAAAAAAGGCAAUUUUGUGCUCGCAAAUGGAGACCCCACGGGAUACGGCUACCACGGUGAUUUCAUGUAUGGCUGGGACUCACAGGUGCUCCAGCAGGCAGUGAAUACAUGCACAAACAUGUCUGGAGAAGUGACGGACUGCCCCGUUUUUACGCUUCAGAGUGACCAGAAACAGGAUGAGUGCCGCUUCUCCGUUCCGGAUGCUCUGAAGAGUGAAGACGUGAACUACCACAAAGGUGGUCUCCCGAACAACGUCGCCAUCCAAAGCGGACCUGCCUAUGCUAGCCCAGUCAGAUACACCACCACCACUACCACCGGCGCUGGUGGCCACGGGAGACCAACGCCCGUCUACUUGGAUGAUCUGCCCACCGUCGGAAUUGGUAUUGAUCUUGGGUUUUUGUCGGCCGGUCUGCAUGUGGCACUGCCUACACUAACUACUUCGUCCACGACCACGACGGCGAAGGCCUGGGAGCCGACUGCUCCCCCGGUUGCAGAGGGUCCUCCUGCCCGUCCGAUCACCUCCUCGAAAACCAGCGCACACACGACUUUUGCUGCACCGUUCACCGCGGCUACUUCAUGUAACUAUCAGGCCGUCACUCUCGGCUUCGUCGUCGGCAUUGUCUGUGCUUUCGACUAUGGCGACGAAGUCUCCGGUCCUGCUUGCAUCCGUUCCGGCUUCGUCGUCGACGGUGUUGGCCAAACCGGUAGUUGCGCCUCCCGCAGCCUCGACUGGUCUAACGCCAACAACUCCUCAACCUUCACUUGCUGUGUCUUCAAUGUUGACCUCGUCAUCUAUCGACGCAACAUCUUCCUCGAUUCCCUCGGCUCCAUCACACUUGUUCGCGGUGUCAUCUCCGGCUCUGGCCUCUCCAUCCGCCGCCGUCCAGUCUUCGGUCUUGAUUCCUCCGGCAUCUAA